AUGGGUACGCGAAGUUUGUCAAAAAAAGAACUGGAAGAACUCCGAAAAAAAGAAGAAGAGGAAGCCGCUGCUCAUGUAUUCAAAGAAUUUGUAGAGACCUUUCAAGAGGUACCUAGUACUACUUCAAAAGUUUGGGUAAAAGCAGGCACAUAUGAUGCAGGAGCAAGAAAGGAAGACGUAUCUGAGCGUGGCAAACUCUAUAAGCCCAUCUCACGGCUGGACGACAAGCAGCGUGGAACUGAGGUGGAGGUGCUACGAAAUCUUGCCCAGAUUGCACCAAGAGCAGAUCCCCAAUCAAGGCCUCGAGCAAAACUAACCAAGGACAAGAAGAAAAGCAAUCUGGAACUUUUCAAAGAGGAAUUAAGACAAAUUCAAGAGGAGAGAUCUGAGCGUCACAAAUAUAAAAAUGUCCUACGUGAGCGAGGCGUUGUCGGAUCAGAACAGUCAUUAGAGGCAAUGCCUGAUGUUGGUUCCUAUGACACCGGCGAUCCUAACACAACAAAUCUUUACCUUGGAAACCUGAACCCAAAGAUAACGGAGCAACAGCUGAUGGAGAUCUUCGGCCGGUACGGGCCACUGGCCAGCAUCAAGAUAAUGUGGCCACGCUCCGACGAGGAAAAAGCGAGGGGGCGCAACUGCGGUUUCGUCGCUUUCAUGUCGAGAAAGGACGGAGAGAGGGCGCUCCGGUGCAUCAACGGCAAGGAAAUAAUGAACUACGAGAUGAAGCUGGGCUGGGGCAAGGCGGUGGUGAUCCCGCCGGUGCCCAUCUACAUACCGCCGGCGCUGCAGCAGCCCACCAAGCCGCCGCCGCCCUCCGGCCUGCCCUUCAAUGCGCAGCCGCCCAAGCACCUCGCCGCCAAGAUACCAAGAAUCCAUCCCGGAGAGUACUACCCAAGUGAUCCAGAAGAUAAGAAUCUUUAUGACCAGAUAUUGUCACAGUCUAUUGUCAAAGUUGUUGCACCGACGGAGAGGAACACGCUGAUGCUGGUGCACCGCAUGGUGGAGUUCGUGAUCCGCGAGGGGCCCAUGUUCGAGGCGAUCAUCAUGAACAAGGAGCUGAACAACCCGUUCUUCCGCUUCCUGUUCGAGAACCAGUCGCCUGCACACGUGUACUACCGCUGGAAGCUGUUCUCGAUGCUGCAGGGCGACUCGCCCAAGCAGUGGUCGCUCAACGACUUCCGCAUGUUCCGCGGCGGCUCCGUGUGGCGACCGCCGGUGAUGAACCUGUACACUGCCGGCAUGCCCGACGACCUCGUGGAGGAGGACGACACGAAGGAGAACAUCCGUGGCACCCUCUCCAACAGCCAGCGCGACCGGCUGGAGGAGCUGAUCCGCGCGCUGACGCCGGCGCGCGGCAGCGUGGCCGAGGCGAUGGCGUGGUGCCUGGAGCACGCGGAGGCGGCGCCCGAGGUGGCGCAGUGCCUGGCCGAGGCGCUGCAGGGCGCCGCCACCUCGCCCGCGCGCCGCGUCGCGCGCCUCUACCUGCUCUCCGACCUGCUGCACAACGCCGGCGCCAAGCUCACCAACGCCAGCGCCUUCCGCGCCGCCGCCUUCCGCGCCGCGUACGUCCCCGACACGUCGCCCCUCACCUCGCCCCCACCCGCUCUCCGACCUGCUGCACAACGCCGGCGCCAAGCUCACCAACGCCAGCGCCUUCCGCGCCGCGUACGUCCCCGACACGUCGCCCCUCACCUCGCCCCCCACCCGCUCUCCGACCUGCUGCACAACGCCGGCGCCAAGCUCACCAACGCCAGCGCCUUCCGCGCCGCGUACGUCCCCGACACGUCGCCCCUCACCUCGCCCCCACCCGCUCUCCGACCUGCUGCACAACGCCGGCGCCAAGCUCACCAACGCCAGCGCCUUCCGCGCCGCGUACGUCCCCGACACGUCGCCCCUCACCUCGCCCCCACCCGCUCUCCGACCUGCUGCACAACGCCGGCGCCAAGCUCACCAACGCCAGCGCCUUCCGCGCCGCGUACGUCCCCGACACGUCGCCCCUCACCUCGCCCCCACCCGCUCUCCGACCUGCUGCACAACGCCGGCGCCAAGCUCACCAACGCCAGCGCCUUCCGCGCCGCGUACGUCCCCGACACGUCGCCCCUCACCUCGCCCCCACCCGCUCUCCGACCUGCUGCACAACGCCGGCGCCAAGCUCACCAACGCCAGCGCCUUCCGCGCCGCGUACGUCCCCGACACGUCGCCCCUCACCUCGCCCCCACCCGCUCUCCGACCUGCUGCACAACGCCGGCGCCAAGCUCACCAACGCCAGCGCCUUCCGCGCCGCGUACGUCCCCGACACGUCGCCCCUCACCUCGCCCCCACCCGCCUCCGACCUGCUGCACAACGCCGGCGCCAAGCUCACCAACGCCAGCGCCUUCCGCGCCGCGUACGUCCCCGACACGUCGCCCCUCACCUCGCCCCCCCCCCCCGCUCUACGACCUGCUGCACAACGCCGGCGCCAAGCUCACCAACGCCAGCGCCUUCCGCGCCGCGUACGUCCCCGACACGUCGCCCCUCACCUCGCCCCCACCCGCUCUCCGACCUGCUGCACAACGCCGGCGCCAAGCUCACCAACGCCAGCGCCUUCCGCGCCGCGUACGUCCCCGACACGUCGCCCCUCACCUCGCCCCCACCCGCUCUCCGACCUGCUGCACAACGCCGGCGCCAAGCUCACCAACGCCAGCGCCUUCCGCGCCGCGUACGUCCCCGACACGUCGCCCCUCACCUCGCCCCCACCCGCUCUCCGACCUGCUGCACAACGCCGGCGCCAAGCUCACCAACGCCAGCGCCUUCCGCGCCGCGUACGUCCCCGACACGUCGCCCCUCACCUCGCCCCCACCCGCCUCCGACCUGCUGCACAACGCCGGCGCCAAGCUCACCAACGCCAGCGCCUUCCGCGCCGCGUACGUCCCCGACACGUCGCCCCUCACCUCGCCCCCACCCGCUCUCCGACCUGCUGCACAACGCCGGCGCCAAGCUCACCAACGCCAGCGCCUUCCGCGCCGCGUACGUCCCCGACACGUCGCCCCUCACCUCGCCCCCACCCGCUCUCCGACCUGCUGCACAACGCCGGCGCCAAGCUCACCAACGCCAGCGCCUUCCGCGCCGCGUACGUCCCCGACACGUCGCCCCUCACCUCGCCCCCACCCGCUCUCCGACCUGCUGCACAACGCCGGCGCCAAGCUCACCAACGCCAGCGCCUUCCGCGCCGCGUACGUCCCCGACACGUCGCCCCUCACCUCGUCCCCACCCGCCUCCGACCUGCUGCACAACGCCGGCGCCAAGCUCACCAACGCCAGCGCCUUCCGCGCCGCGUACGUCCCCGACACGUCGCCCCUCACCUCGCCCCCACCCGCUCUCCGACCUGCUGCACAACGCCGGCGCCAAGCUCACCAACGCCAGCGCCUUCCGCGCCGCGUACGUCCCCGACACAUCUCCCUCACCUCGCCCCCACCCGCUCUCCGACCUGUUGCACCAUAUACUUUUGUUAAAACCACCUGGCCCCAUGCCGGCCUUCGAAUGACUCAGCUGCAGCGAAUGCCUCUGAAACGCAGGUUCCAGCAGCGGCUACCGGACAUAAUGCGGGCCGCGCGCGCCGCCUGGGCCCGCAUGCCGUCGCGGCUGCAGCAGGAGGGCUUCAGGGCGCGCGUCACCCGAGGAGGGGGCGUGGCGGGCACGGGCGGAGCGGCGGCGGGGGAGGGCUCGGAGGGGGCGGAGGGCGGCGAGGGCGUGGAGGGCUCCGGGGGCGAGUCGGGGGCGCGCUCGCCCGCCUCCUCGGGCUCGUGGGAGGGCGCCCUCGACGGGGCCGCGCUGCGACGCCUCGCCGCCGCCAGGCGCCCCAACAACGACGACAUCGACGGCGUCCCCGUGGAGGAGGACAUCGACGGCGUCCCGCUCGAGGCGGAGGCGGAGGCGGAAGCGGCGGCGGAGGCGGAGGCGGGCGUGGGCGCGGAGCGGCUGGCGCCCGGCUUCGUGCCCUCGCGCUGGGAGAGCGUCGAGCCGGCGACGGAGCCCGAGGUGGAGCCGCCGCCGCCGCCGGAGACGCUCACGCCCACGCACAACGAGAGCGCGGAGUCGCCGCGCACGGAGGAGCAGGCGCUGCCGCGGGCGGUGCUGCGCGAGAUCGAGGUGCGCGUGCUGCGCUACGGCGACGAGCUGGAGGCGGGCGCGCGCGCGCGCAGGCCCGGCCUCAGCGCGCACCAGCAGAUGCAGCACUACAGGCGCAAGCUCAUCAAGAAGGCGGCCAAAGAGGCGAAGGAGGCCCAAGAGGAAGCUCGCGAAUCGCCCGAGCUGCGUCGACGCACCCCGCCCGAUGAGGACGCCUACUCCACGUCAUCUAAAAAGUCUAAGAAGUCCAGAGAACCUUCUUUGUCGCCGCCACCGAAGCGUUCGCGUCACAGCGAUAGAAAAUCACGCUCGCGGUCCCGUUCGAGAGAGAAGGAAAGAGAUCGCGACAGGUCCAGAGAACGCGAGCGCGAGCGAGAGAGAGAUAGAGAGCGGGAAAGAGACAGAGAAAGAGAAAGAGAGAGAGAGCGUGAGAGGGACAGACGGCGACGCUCGCCGGCCACGCCCCCUGGGCACCAUCACAGGAAACACAGCAAGCACGCCAAAUAUAAAUAC